CAUAGCGCCAUUGCUAUUUUCGGCAUGUUCAUUUAUGUCCUUUUUGUUACGGAUUUCUCGGACCGCUUUUCCUUCACACAGUUGAACUCUACUACGUGGGCUAUUUUCCAUCACCAAGCGUCUUCUGAAUUUGAAAUUGACCGGCCCGUCGGUGAGCGGAGGGACUGUCCUUUGAUCCCCGCGGCAAAAUUUUGAGGAAAUCGGCGGAAAAGGGGGAAAAAUUGCGAGUUGAAAAUAGCCUUUGCUAGCGGUUUAACAACAAGGAGUAACAUACAGCGUGCAUAUGAGAAGUUGAUUUUUUUGUCAUGAACGGAGCUCCUGUGGCCAAGAUUGGUGUUGGAAAUUUAAACUGAUGCGCCACUUGGCAUACAGGAAAUUCAUUAACAGAUGACCUAACAGAACUCAUUCUCGAAAAGGUGCUGAAGUUGGAGAGUACAUGGGGCAACAUUAUGGCGAAAUUCCUGGAUAAAGAUCCGUUCAGUUACGAGCAAGAGCGUACAGCAUUCGUCAACCAGCUUCGUCAGUUUCACGCAUCGAAAGGGACACCGUUCUUUCGUUUGCCGACAAUUGCUGGCAAAGAAUUGGAUUUAUAUCUGUUGUACAGCAAAGUCGUGGCUUGGGGUGGUUUGACGAAGGUCACUGAUCAAGGAAAAUGGGAGAGCCUUCAGGAGUACUUUGGGAUCGCUGCCACCUGUGGCCAUGCUGCCUUUGCCCUGCGCCAAUUCUAUGUCAAAUUUUUGGAGUCCUACGAGCGGAUUCACCAUCAAGGGGAGGAUGCGGAGGAGGUGUUACGGUCACGGUCUCGGCCCGCGACGCCGUCCAGCCAACCCCAGAAGAGAAAUAUCGAUACCAGGAAAGGCCUGGAGAUCCCUGAGCAACUGCGCAUCAAUGCGGGUCUGUCGACCCAGAAACCCCGUCUCUCCGACUACGACAAGAUCAUGUUCUCGCUGCAGAGCGGCCUACCCAAUGAGGUGGACUUUGCCAUCAACGUCUGCACGCUGCUGUCCAACGAGGGACGGCACGUACUCCACCUGGAGCGGGCCGUGAAGCUGAUUGAUCUGCUCCUGGCCCACUGCGGCGUGUUUUAUGAAGGGCCUGGGGGCUUUCGGUCACUGUACACAGAGGACUGGAAACCCACCACAAAGCGUGACUUUGUGACGUUCUGGUACGACACGGUAACGGACAGCGAUAUACGGGAGAUUAUCGGCCCGGACACGUUACGAGCAAAAGCCCACUGUAAGAUCAAAGAUGCUGAGCAGUUUACCGUGAGGAAACUGGGUCUGAACGACAUCGAAGGACAAAGAGCUCUCCAGGUUGCGGUGAUUUUGAGGAAUUUAUCCUUCGAGGACCACAACAAGCGAGUGAUGGCAGCCCAUAGGACUUUCUAUCGGUUCCUCUUGCUGUGUGUCCACAAUAGCUGCUCGGCUCUCCAGCAGAUUGGGAUGGACACAUUGAGCAAUAUAGCUGAGGAGUUUAUACUUGAUCCCAUUGACUACCGGAGCACACAGCUGAUGUUUCACACCAUAGAUAAGGCCAUGAAGAACCAGGACAAGUUCAUCAUACUGAGAGCUAUGGAAGUGGUAGAGAAGCUGUCACAAGUAGACAGCAACAUUGACAUCAUCCGUCAGUGCAUGGAGGAGCGGGUCUACCGUUCUGUCAUCCGCCUCCUGACCAUACACGACGUGCAGCUGCUGCUGGGGGCCUUGGAGGUCCUCCUGGCCCUGUCUGAGAGGGGUGAGGUGUUCUGCACCAGAAUCGCCACCUUGGAGAAGAGUGUGGAUGUCUUAGUGUGCCUUGUGACAUUAGAUGCACAGUCUCUUGGUGCCGAGGCCUUUGUAGGCAUCAAGAUUGUUGACCACGCUCCCGAUGGCAUCCACCAUCCCAUCGUGACCAUGGCCAGGUACCAGCCCAUGUCACAGGCCACGCCGCCACCACCCCAAAAUGCUGGGACUGCCGCCACACCUCCUCCUUCCAUGAGACCUAUGCAGCAGCAGCAGUCCACCCCAACACCUCCCCCAGCUCCUGCUCAACCCGUCAACCGAGACGCUGAGAAUGAGAAAUUUACUUGUCAAUGGUUGCAUUCAUUCUAUGAGGCUGACAAUGACGCCUCAGUGUCAAGACUGGAUCUCUACAGUGACUACCUGUCUGCGUGUAGUAAAGCCUCCAGGGUCAACAUGGUCACCUCCACAAAUUUUGCAACGUGCAUCAAGAUGGUGUUUCCAGCGGCAGGAUUUCAGCGCGUGGAUUCAGAGAGUGGUGCUCAAGUCUAUAUCACUGGUAUCCACAAGCGCGUUCUACCACUGCCCUUCAACUGGCUGCUCUACCAGCAACUCCCCAAGCCUUCGCCCAACUACCAACCCCAGCUUGGAGGGCCCCAGUCCAACCUGGCCUCCAGCAUCAUGCAGCGGAUGGCUCAGAGGCUGUCCCCUUCCCCUGGAUCUUCCUCGUCCACCAGCCCUCAGCAACGGCUGUUCACCCAGGGGAUGAGCAGUGUAGGUACCAACCUGAUGCCCCCUCAAAUGUACCGUGCCGGAAUGAUUCCGGGUCCUCCCAGUGGCAACACGGGAAGCACUUCCCAACUCCAGCAGUUGAUCCUAGGGCACGGACUGCGACAGCAAAACCCUGUCACACAGGGACAAGUCGGUCAUCCAACCUCCGUUGGAUCGACUCCUAGUAAUCAAAGAACUCAUCCGCAGCAAGUAGUUCAAGCUACAGGAAGUGUACAUGGGGCACAGCAACAGGUCCAAACUACACAUUCAGUACCUUCAAACUGUUCAACACUUGCUGUUCAAAGUGCACAGCCAAAGGCAAACUCUGUUGAUGACUCUGAUAUGCUGUCCCCUCAAGGAAGUCUUGUCAACCAGGCUGGUAUCCCAAGUGCUUUUCUUCAAAAUCCCUUACCACAGCACAGCCAGGCGAUUGCUAAUAAUGAUCCUAGCAAGAGCCCAGGUCGGAGUCCUGCCUCCCCUGGUAGGGCGCCACCGCCUUACAGACCUCGUAGUCCAGCAGGCAGUGGAGCCAAAGCCACUACUCCUACCUCUAGUGUCGCAAAUUCCACAAGCCCCACACCCCCCUUGCCUGCAAGCUGUCCCAAACUGCCUAAUUCCUCGGAUACUAUCCCAAAUGAGGUGCUACAAGAAGGGGAGGUUAAGAUAGAAAAGAUUCCCAACAUCCAUGCUCAGCUGCCACUAGACACGAACCAAGUGUCCGUUGCAUUCCCACAAGAAGGAUCAGAUAACUUUCCAGCCAAUUCUAUUCCAUUACUGCAAGCCAAGGCGGCACCUGCAGUGUUCAACCCUGAAACAAGUAAUGCACAGCAACAGACCUCAUUGCAGGCCAAGCCAAGGGAAGUUUCCACAGAUACCAAUGCAACUCAAGCAGCCGGCAAUGCUGCGGUAACAAGCAGCCAGCAGGUUGUAAACAUUCCCAAUCAGCAGGUGUUCAUAACACAACAACAGCUGCAGCAUGCCAGUGGCAUUCCCGUGAACUCCCAGGGAAUUCAGAUAAGUGCCCAGGGAAUCCAGAUUAAUCCACAGGGAAUGAACCAUUCCCAGGGGAACGUCAUCGGGCACCAGCAGCAGAUUGUCACACAGGGACCUCAGCAGAGCAUCCAGAUGCAAAUACCAACAACUCAGGUUGGGGUACAGCAAUGGAUUCAGGCACAGCCCCAAGUAGGCCAACCCAACGCACAGGGUAUUGUGAACAUCAACGGACCAAGUAUUGUUGCAACGAAUGGUUUAAAGGGUCAGCCAAACAUGCAGAUUGUGCAACAAGGAGUUCUGUCUGGGACACAUGGAAUAAAGAUUGGUGCUCUUCCCGUACAGACCAAUGCACUUCCUGUGCAGACAGGCUUCCAGAUCAAGCAAUCUGACGCUCAAGGAAUGCCUCCUAUCUUACCCAAGACUGUCCCUGCCACUCAGCAGGUUAUUGUUGGCAGCAGUGCUGCUACAAAUGGGGGCAAGAUGUAUUCUGCAUAUGCCGUGGUACAGAAUGUUCAACGUAGUGUGCCGACUGUUCUUGGGCAAGUCACGCCAACCAAUCCUGGCCAGACAGGGCAAGGAGGUUCUUCAGGCACAUCACAGCCAACAACGAGCGGUUCCGGAGCGUAUAUUCCAAUUCAACCGAAAUUGAGCGGACAUCUCCAUCAGCAACAGCAACAACAGCCACAGCAGCAGUCAUAUUCUGUUGCCCAGCCACAGCAGAUUAUCCAUCAGCACAUGGUCCAACAGCAGCAGCAGCAGCAACAGCAGCAGCCCCAACAGCAGUACAUUCUCACCAGCAUUCAAGGGACCUUGCCUCAACAGUCAUUUGCAGUUUCAACUAUUUCCAGUGCACCUCAAGUACAGCAAAGUUUUGCAGUGGGUGUAGCAGCCCAUCCAUCAACCCAGCCUUCAACGACAGUCUGUUCUCAGAGCCAGUCCAUUGGCCAUGUUGCAGCUCGGAUACAGAGCCAAGGACAGCAGAUCACAUCUGCACACAUAGACUCUCCCUUGAUUAAGCAACUCCUGCAGUCUGGCUCGUCAGUUCACCCUCCCCAACCCAAUCAGUUGCCUCAACCACAGGUUGUGAAUCCAAAUAUGCAGAGCGCAGUUCAGUGGGUCGUCCCUCAGAAUCCAAGCAGCGGGACAGCACCAGGGUAUGGGCUAGUCAACAUCCAGGGACCAAUGGCACAGCAGUGUAUGCCACAGCCUUACGCAGUGAAUCCACCAUUCACUCAAGUAGGCCAUCCGGCUCCUCUGCAACCAGUGAUGCACUUCAUUCCCCCAGUGUGUACGAGUCCAAGCCCAGUACAGAGUCCAGCUUUAAGCUGCAGCUCUUCCUCAAGUCCGAAUUCGACCUCCAAGUUAUACCCAAUGUCCCCAUCCCCGUCUCCUCAGCAUAAAUCUGAGAAAAAGUCCAAGUCAAAAUCACACAAGUCAAAGAAAUCGUCCAAAAAGAAAAAGUCGAAAUCUGGCAGUAGAAGUCCCCCAAUCAUAUGCUCAAAGGCGGAGCAUGGGAAAGACGUUUUGAAAGUUCAAGAGAAAGAAGCCCCCAUCAACUUGAUGGAGAACACUUCAUUUGCUGAAGACAACAGCAAUCAGUCAUCGGAAAAGUCUGAAGAUUUAAUCGAAAACUCGAAACCUUGCAAUAAUUCUGAAUCAUUGGAACCAAAGACACAAACGGAGACAAACAGUGUAAAAGAGUGUGGAGAUUAUCAAGGGAAUGCUAAGCCCACUUGUAAUGGGUCAGCUACUAAUGAAAGUAAUGAAAUUCCUGAAACAAACGAAAUCCAAAGACUCAAAUCCAAACUAGAGGAGGCUUCACUCAAGCAAAGCCUAUUGAACGGGUUUGGAAAUGGAGAGGAUCUAGACAAAACGCAGCAUGAUGCCUUGAUCCAACGGGCAGAAUUCCUUUUGGAAAACUCAGGAAAGGACUUGGACAAAGUCCUCAAAAGCCCCAGAAUUCGACGAAAAAGUGAGGAGUUUACAUCCAAAGAAAGAACUUGCAGGUUAAGUAUGGACCCGGAUGCAGAUACUGAGCCUUCAGAGAAACCCUGCAUAAAUCACAUCGUGAAUGGUGACAUUCCUGAGAAAAGUGACAAAGCGGACACCGUAGUGAAUGCAACGGAUUCACAAAACCUGGAUGGAGAGUCUAGAAAAGACCUCGGCAAGGAUGACGUGAACUCACCUGCGGAUCAAGGGGACAGUAAAACCAGUCAUGAAGAACUAAUGGACCACAUGGAUUCCAAAAAAGACAGAGACUCCGAGUCAGACAGCGGCAUUGUCUUGAAUGAGCGAACAGGGUUUAUGCAUGAUGGCACCGGUGCUAUAAUUGCUCUCGCUGUUGGUAAUGCAGACUCUAAUAAAAUGUCCAGUCAGGUUGCCUUCUGUCGGGACAUCCGAGAACAUCUGCCGGCAGACAUGCCCAUGUCUGACCUGGCUGCACCAACGUUGGAGAGCAAUACAAACAACAACAGUAAUCCCAGUCUCUGUGGUGCUGAAGGCACUGGAGAAACCACUGAUAGCGUAUCUCAGGAGGAUCCCAUGGAAGGUGUAGUCUGCCCCGCAUUACCAAAGCCUCAACAACAAGCCGGUGACACAAGUAACCAAUCUAGUGCUCCUCUGAACACAGAAUCAUCGACAAGCAGUGAAACAAACUCUGAGAACUCCACACUAGUGAUGAGUGUCCCAGUUGUGCAAGGGCAGGUCCCCCAAACCCAAACACAAGCACCUUCAAGCACCUCGGCGAACGCACCCAGCAUAAACUCCCGAGUGGCAACGCCCCCGCCGCCCUCAAAGCCAACACCCUCGUCAGAAAUCAAGUCGGAGAAAAGUUCCAGCUCCAAAUCCAGCUCCAAAAAGUCGUCAGGGAAGAGGUCAAGGCACAGCUCCAGAGAGUCCAGCUCUAGUAAGAAGAGGAGGCGGUCUUCCUCAUCAUCAGGCAGCUCACAUCACAAGAAAUCCUCUUCCUCAUCCAGUGACAAGUCCAAGCAUCAUCACCAUCAUCACCAUCAGUCGUCACAGCAACAGCAGGCGCAGCAUCAAGUGCCGGUGCAGCAACAGCCAGCAGAGGCAGAGAUUUGCAUUUGUGACUGGAGGGGAUGCAAAAGGAAUUUCAAAACAAGGAAAUCCUUGCACGUCCACGCCAGCACUGUUCACGUCAUGGGCCCAGCCUACCGAGGCAUGUGUGAGUGGGAGAACUGUGACAACAUCCAGCGGCAACGGUGGUCUUGUGUCAGUCACAUGUCGGAGAAGCACUGCACAGAUCAGGCGCUGCGGGCAGCGGCCGAGAAACGCCAGCAGGCUUCCACACCGACGACGACUGCCGGUUCCACACCACAGCUCCCUACCCCAAUCCUGUACAACGCUCACACUGCCUACCAUGCCAUCCGUAGGAGUCUUCACUCUCCAUCUCUCAAGGAUCUCCUGGGAGAAAGUGAAGGACCCGUGACCAAGAGUAUCCGUAUCACUGCUGCACUAGUCUUGAAGAACUUGGCCACAUACUCAGCUGAUGCAAGGAGUUCACUGCGCAGACACGAGAUCCAUCUUGCCAGAUUGGCCAUCAGUAACUUCGAGGCUUCUUCCACUCUGGCCAAAUGUGUGGGCGAGCUGAAUGACACCAGGCAUCUGGCGUUGUCCUCGGACGAUGAAGAUGACUCUUGACCCAUGUCCCUGGAGCCAAACCCCCGUCUGUCGACCUUCCUGUAAAAUUCCGUUUACAGCAAAUGCUUUCUCUUUUGAAUGUUAAGUAACUGAGGGGGCACCUUUUGUGACCUAUGCACCAUUGUUGUCUGAUGACAGCUUGAGAUCCGUCAAAUCGAACAGCUUUUAUCAGUGAAACAAAACCUUCACAGCAUUGGUUUACAGAAAGAAUGGAUCGGUCUUUAGAGUCUUGUGGACAAGGAAAUUUAUGGGAGGUUUCUGUUAGUAUUCUUGGUUGGAUGAGGCUGAAAGUCAAAUUUAAGAAGUAGCUGGCAAAUGACGAAGCAACAAUGCGCAUCAGAAAAAUAUCAAUAUGGUUCCUGUGGUGGAUAAUCUUUCCUUUUAUUUUUUCUUGAGAGAGGUGCUGCCAUCGCAUUUUGGUUCCCAGAAGACUUCAGCAGAGAGUUUGAAAUAAGUGUUACAGGCACCAGCCUUUGCCUCGUUCCAGAUCCCUUUGUGAAGAUGUGUGCUGGGAAAAAAAACUGAUACCAAAUGUCCUCAUUGACUAAUGAUUCUGUUGCCACUUAAUGUAAGCAGACAAACUGGGGGGGGGGGGAGGGGGAAAGAGACACCUGUUGGUUUCCGUAAUCAUCCAACUAUAAAUGCAGAUUUGCCAGUUAUGUCAGGGUAUUGGAAUAUUUAGCCAACCGAUGUUUUCUGUUUCAUUGUGUGCCUGACGCGACAUUGGAAUGAUUUAAUAUUUGUAGAAGAGGCUGAUGGGAAACUUAUCUCUGUUUUUUUUGGAAGAGCAGAUUCAGCAGCAAAGUUGGAAAGUUAGAAACAGUCAAUUCCCUUCUUUUUUUCUUUUUUUUACUUUAAAUCAAUGCACACACCUUUAAAAUUGCACUGUUUAAUUAUUGGUUUUUUUCAUCGGACAAGCCUUGUGGUCACCGUAUUUUUAAUCUUUCAAGUACAGAAAGUGAUGCAAACAAAUGUGAACUUGACAGAGUGAUCCAGGACAUUGCCUUUGUGAAAAUUUGUUGAUAGUUUGGUUGUUUUUGUCUAAUACCCCUAUGCAAUUUAACAUGACAAAUAUACUUUUUUUGUCGGAAUGGAGCUUUCUGUUGAAGUGACUGUUCAUCUCGGUUUCUGGAAUAGUUUUCUUUUUCCAUGUAUUAGUUAUUUUUUUAUUUCUUUGUUUACCUUCUAUUGCAAUACCUCCCAAACAGAUCUUUCUGGGUCGCGUCAAACUAGCGUUAUCUUCCGACCUUGUCGCGAUAGGUUAUGGGGAACAUUUUUGUGGCAGAUACUUUUUCAUUUUAACGAUCUCCAAACAAGAGAAGAAAAAAAAUACGCCAAAGCAGGAAAUUACAUUCACACUAAAUACAUUACUUGCACAAACAUCUCUGUAUUAUAAAGGUCUUCAAAAAAAAGAACAAAAAAUCAAAAGCUUGUCUUUUUCUUAACCGUUGGUGACAAGUUCAGAGAACAAUUUCAGUUUUGUCUCGAUUUGCUCUUUACUGUCGAUCACAAAAUGCAAGAAAUUGAAGGUUCCAUGAAAAAACGGACUACAUGUUCAGCAGCCUGUACUAAUUCCAUAUAGACAAUUUUAAAACUCUGUUCUUUGCAGUCAUGUGCAAGACAUGCAAAGCUUCUUUUUGAGACUCUACAGCCGUCAUUGCAGUCAGUGUAGUUGUUCAUUUUUCUUUUUGUUAGGAAGGGGGGAGCAGUCGACGAGUUCCAUCAGUUCUUUGUCUCUUUGCCUUGUUUCAGAUUAGUGCUAAUCUUGAAACCCUCUUUUAUAGUGAGGUGUAUAUGCUCAUCACCCUUUCGUGGCCUUUUCCGGACCAAAACGGUAAUUCGGUUGCCUUCAUGGUGACACCCGCUAUAGCAAAAUUGUAGAAGAGACGUGUUUUCGUUUAUAAGUGGUUGUAAAUAGGUAUCCGUUUUUGUAUCUCUCUACUGUGUAUACUUGUACUAUAAGAUUGGAAUAGAUUAUUUUCUAAAUGAAAUGCUGAGUUUCAUUCUGAACCAAACUAUCAAACCGUUUUGCUGUUUCGCAGUCUCAUGAGAAAAUAUUCCUUGUUUGUGAAAAAAAAGAUAAAUACAGUAAGAGAAGCACAAAGUUCCCCUAUACCAUUUCACGCACAUCUGACAAGUGACUCUCUGCUUUAAUUCCAAAUUUAGAAGUGUAACGUUAGAACAUCAAAAGUGCUUCCUAUCAAGUAACUUACCUGAACAGCUCUCUUGUAUUCCAUACUUCCUAGUCACAGUCACAACUAAGUAUCUUUUUUCAAAUGUUGCUGCAGUGGACCGAAGGUUUCAGUCGACGUCAAGGUUUCCAUUGUGAGAAAAACUCAUGCGCCCUCUUUCCCAGGUAGUCAAACUACCAGGAGGAGUUGUAGUCGACUGAAGUUGUCACAAGUCAGUCGCAAGUUAUCUAGUGUCAAGCUGAGUAAUGAGCUGUUCGUUUGAACUUUUUGCUACCUGUUGCCGUACUUGCAUCUUGACUUGUGGUUUGACUCUUGAUUGCUUUUUGAUUGACUUGGGAUGGACUUGACUGCCAGGACUAAUGCCAGUCAACAGAGGGUGCAUGUUACAGUCAGAGGAGACAUCACUUAUUCAAUUAUUUAAUGAAAUUUAAUGAGAAUGACUUAGUCCUAAUGUUUACAGUUUACAGUUUGCAUUCAAUUUUACAGGAAAAUUGCUCAAAACCCCUGCGUUAAUUGUCAUAGCAUUGCCACACUCUAUUUUUUAUACAAUCUACCCAGAAAAUUUCAGAACUUAAGGUACACGUAAAGAGAAAAAGGGAGACGAUUCGUCCACAGUACUUGUGAUUUGAUAGCAAAAAACCAACAAAAAUCUCAGGACUGUUGUAUUAUGUUUUAUAUAGUGUAUAGUUAAAUUAUUGUUAUAAGAGUAAUGUAAUAGUGUAAUAAGAGUAUAAUGUACAUGAGUGUUAUGUCCAGCCAACACUACAGCUAUGUAUUGGAAAUACGAUUUGCUGCUGUCAAAAAAUAAGUUUACGAAAACCCCAAGACUUUUGAUCGAGUUUAUGGAUUGCAUGAAAGUGGACGCCUGUUGACUUGGAUCUUAGAAGUAAAUUAUGAUUGCAUGUGUACUUUUUUCUUUGGUGGUAAUUGCGAGUUGUUGGAGGGUGUGGCCACAGAUGCAUGCCUGCUUUGGUAGAAGGGAAGAAGCAGUUGGAGUUGCUGCAAAGACAGUGUUGAUUGCCUUUCAAAUCCAGGAAAUGUGUUUUGCAUGAGGUAACAUUAAGAAAUUGGAACCGCGAGGAAGAAAAAUAACUUUUAGGAGUUAUGUCAACCUGUGAUCCAGAUCAUGAAAAGAAAAAGAUCCAUAAAUCUGCCCGAAGUUAAGCAUAAGGGAUGUGUCUAUGUUGGAAGGAGUUUUGUCAGAGUUUUUUAAAAACGAAUCUGUACAUUGUACAUAAGAACAUAAACGUUGGUUUAUCGUGACUGUAUGCGAGAAAGAGGUGUGAAGUGGCCCGUUGCGUUUUGGGGGCUACCUCCCCCUAAACACAACGAUUCCUUAUGAUCUCAACGCUCUUUCCGUGAAAACGUUUUGCUAGUAAUUUUCUGGAUGAGAAAAACAAAAGAUUCCAGCAUACAUGCCUGUUUAACGUUUAUAUUUCAUAUUUUUAUGUGGACGAUUACCAAGGAAAAAAAAGAGUCAGCUUGAGAAGACGGAGAAUAUUUAAUGAUGUAAUAAUUGUUGAUUACAGAUAAUGAACUUUUUUCGUUUGUUUGUGUGUAGUGUUCUUUCCAAUUUUUCUGCUGCGUGGAAAAGGAAUUUAUUAAUGAAAGUUAUAUUAAGAGAAAUGAUUAGAAAUAUGUGCACUGGUUUUCUUUUUCUUUGAAUAAACUUAUUCUCUGCUUGGUUUACAACGGUA